ACCAUCACUCCCAGUCGAUUUCUAGGCAUCGAAAAUGUCAUGAGUGACUCCUUCGUUUGAAGUUUCGUAUGUUUGUUCUGCUGUGAAAAUGAACCGCUACAUCACCCUGCAUCAGCUUGGCGACGGUACUUAUGGUUCCGUGGUCCUGGGCCAGAGGAAGGAUACCGGCGAGAAGGUUGCCAUCAAGAGGAUGAAGAGGAAAUAUUACUCUUGGGACGAAGCUAUGAGCUUGAGAGAAGUGAAAUCGUUGAAGAAGUUGCAUCAUUCAAAUGUGGUGAAACUCAAGGAAGUGAUACGUGAGAAUGAUGUCCUCUACUUUGUAUUUGAAUACAUGCAGGAGAAUCUCUAUCAGCUCAUCAAAGAUAGGAAAGUUCCUUUUCCUGAAGCAGUCGUCAGAAAUAUGCUAUACCAGAUUCUCCAGGGCCUCGCGUUCAUUCACAGGCACGGUUUUUUCCACAGAGACCUGAAGCCGGAAAACAUCCUCUGUUCGGGUCCCGAGCUAGUCAAGAUAGCCGAUUUCGGUUUGGUUAGGGAGAUCAGGUCGAGGCCCCCCUACACGGACUACGUCUCGACGAGAUGGUAUCGUGCCCCUGAGGUGCUCCUUCAUUCCACGACCUACAGCAGCCCCAUCGAUAUGUGGGCCGUUGGUUGUAUAGCUGCCGAAAUAUGCACAUACAGGCCUCUCUUUCCGGGUAGCACGGAAACGGAUCAGCUGUAUAAGAUAUGCGCGAUAAUGGGUUGUCCUAAUAAAAAAAAAUGGCCGGAAGGUUACCAGUUAGCAGGUGCAGUGGGGUACAAAUUUCCAUACUUCGUUAAAACCAAUCUAUCGGACGUUGUCCCACAAGCCUCCGCAGUUUUGAUCAAUCUGUUAGACAUUCUACUUGACUGGAACCCUUUAGACCGACCCACAGCUCAAGCGGCGUUGAAACAUCAAUACUUUCAGCAAGGUUAUUUUCAAAACACCCAAGCCCCACCUCAUCCUUUUCUAACCUUCAGUGACUCACUCCAUAUACAGGUAGGUCAAAGAUAUAGCAGCAUACGAAGGAGCGACAAUGGCGUCCAACUCAACCUCACCGAAACCAACCUGUCCCUUCUACAGCCGCAACAGCAGAAGCAAAUGCAGCAGCCUACACCAGCGCGAUCGGAAAAAUCCCUGUUGGACAACAUCCUAGCUUUACCUCCGGCCGGGGGAUUCUCCAGGAGAAACUCCCAGGUUCCCCCCGAUAUGGAGUAUCCCAGCAUUCAGAAACCGGCUGUGAAGAUAAACAUUGAGUCCUUGAUCAAGAAAAUGGAGGAGGCCGAGCCCAUGUCUACUUCUAUCGUGUACACGUUUGGCCAGCCGACGUUCAACAACAAGCUUUUCUCGAAAAUCAACAACAGAUCUGCCCCGAUCCACAAGAGUCUCAACUGGGGGAGGGAGGAUGAGGAGUUGGAUGAUGUGUACUUCGCUGGUAUUACUAGGACCCUAAAAAUGAAUGGAAACACUAGGAACGAAUUGGAAAACAUAAAAUUCCCAUGGGAGGAUACUAACAUAAAGAACCGGAAACCACCUUCUGGGAAUAACACGAAGAAUCAAUAUUUGAGUUUAUCGCGUUAUAUUUCAGGAGCACCUACUGACCUCAGGGGAGAUUCUAAAGAAUUUCCAACCGUGAAAAGAAAAGAUUUGGUUGGGUUACCAAAAUGGUUGGAGUGAGUUUUGCAGAAAACAUCUAGGAGAUUGUAUCACUGGUGGCACCAAAGAUUUGAUGCGUUGCGUCAAACUUCCUAUGUAUUAGUUAUACAUGAUUUUUAUGGUUUAUUAUGCGAUUCAAUAAUGAAA